UGGCCGCCCGCGAGCACAUAGAGCCAGCAGAUGUUGAAGAGUGACACACGCAGCCUGGAUGGCUUCGACGAGAUCCAUUCCUCCGCGGCCUCUAUUUACCACCGUUCACAGCGCCGGUCAGCGGGCCGAUAUUGUUGAUUUUUUUCGGUUACACUUUAGCGAUGCUUUGUAGUAAUUUCUGGGAGUGAAUUUCCGUUCAUCCUUCUGCUUGCUGCUAUUUUUAGGGUUAAUGGUGUCGCGCACCGGGAGAUUCAAAGGUGUCUAUUGCUAACUAGAAUACUGUACAAGAAGUUCCUAUUUGGCACAGCAAGACCUGAAAUACCUGCAGUGGGGAACUCCAUCUGCUGAGGUAAAUUGCAUAAAUUCCCCACCAUGCAUUGGAUCUGCCCCUUCUUCGCCAAAGCUUCCUACAGGAGUCGGCACCUGCCAGUGCGGUUAUGCAUCCUACGGGCCUUUUCCAGUCAUCUCCCAAACCAGGUGAUUGAAGAUGUAAUAAAUCGGCCAUCUUCACAGCUUGGAACUGCUACAGAAAAAGGAAACGUGAUUAUAAAGACUGCCAAAGGCACCAGGGAUUUUAGCCCAAAGCAGAUGGCCAUUCGAGAAAAAAUCUUCAGCACCAUAAUCAGCUGCUUCAAACGUCAUGGAGCUGCAACAAUAGAUACCCCUGUGUUUGAGCGGAAGGACCUCUUGUUGGAUCACUAUGGGGAGGAAUCAAAGCUGGUUUAUGAACUGAAAGACCAAGCGGGAGAGUUGCUGUGUCUUCGCUAUGACUUGACUGUGCCAUUUGCUCGUUAUUUGGCCAUGAACAAAGUUUCCCAUUUUAAGCGCUAUCACAUUGCAAAAGUCUACAGACGUGAGAGCCCAUCGUUGGCAACGGGACGCUACAGAGAAUUCUGCCAGUGUGAUUUUGACAUUGCUGGCCAAUAUGAUCCCAUGAUUCCUGAUGCAGAAUGUCUGAAGGUCAUGCACGAGAUCCUAAGUGCCCUGCAGUUUGGAGAUUUCCUCAUCAAAAUCAAUGAAAGGCGUAUUUUGAAUGGGAUCUUUACAAUAUGCGGUGUUCCCAGUACCAAAUUUGAAACAGCUUGCUGCACCCUUGACAAGCUGGGCAAGGUGACAUGGAAGGAGGUGAAAAAUGAGAUGGUUGAAGAGGAUGGGAUUUCUCCAGAUGCUGUAGAUCGCAUUGGUGAAUAUGUUCAGCUCCAUGGGGGGAUAUGUCUGAUUGAGAAGCUACUUCAGGAUCCAAAGCUCUCACAGAGUAAGCUGGCCAUAGAAGGACUGGAGGACAUGAAGUUGCUGUUUGAAUACCUUACCCUGUUUGGAAUCAUAGAUCAGGUAACCCUGGACCUGAGUCUGGCUCGUGGUCUAAAUUAUUACACUGGAGUGAUCUUUGAGGCUGUGCUGCUGCACCAACAAAGUGACGCAAAGGAGUCUCUCAGGGUGGGCAGCGUGGCUGCCGGUGGACGCUAUGAUGGGCUUGUAGCAGAAUUUGACCCCAAAGGGAAAAAGGUGCCCUGUGUAGGAGUGAGCAUUGGUGUGGAAAGGAUCUUUUCCAUCCUAGAACGGAAUGCUGAGAUGUCCAAGGAGAAGAUCCGCACAACAGAGACGGAAGUGCUGGUGGCAGCUGCUCAGAAGAAUUUCCUUGCGGAGAGAAUAAAGCUCAUCUCUGAACUGUGGAGUGCUGGCAUCAAGGCAGAGAUGCUGUAUAAGAAAAACCCCAAACUUCUGAACCAGCUUCAGUACUGUGAAAAAAAUGGCAUCCCGCUUGUUCUCAUCAUAGGGGAAGAGGAGCAGAAAGAUGGAGUUGUAAAACUUCGGGAUGUCACUAGCAGGAAAGAGAUCAUUGUUCCUAAGGAGAAUUUCAUAGAGGAGAUCAAGAAGAGGCUGGAAAAAUAGAGCCCUUGCAUUUUUCUUCUUUUCUUUUCCCUUUUUUUAAAUCUGGCAGCUGUGUGCCCUCAGAUAAUUUUGCUAGUCUGUAAAGCCACCUGGAGUUAUUCAGCAUUUUUUAAGAACUGGACUUUUGGGAAACUUGGAAUACAGAACAAAUGAGACAUUGCUUUUAUUGGGAUAAAUAACAUUUUAGAAGCUGAAAGCAAGUUUUCACAUUGCACUCAGUUGCCACCUUUUCCCACCCUGUUUUUGUGCCUUUAAUCAUGGUUCGGGAGAUUCCCAGGUUUUUAGACUAUUUAAUAGGAAUUUGUUUGUGGAAUCCAAAUCAUCUGUGUCUGGGAAAUAUAUUGUAGUUUUCACCCUAAAACCAAAGGAGGCAGUCAAUGUCUGAUGCCAAUUUCUAACCAGCAUAAAUUUGCUCUUACAUCCAUAUUGCAUAACUAAAUCACGAUGAAAAUGUACAGGAAUAGCAUCUUAUAAUGUACAGGAAUGGCAUCUGAUAUUACCUUACUGUACACCAACUAGGAAUUAUGUCUUCUAUUACUUCUACUUUUAUAUGUGAAAUCAGAAUAUUUCUCCUGAACAGGCAAAAUAUUAGGAUUUCACAACCAGUUUACAGGGACAAAACUCUUGACAGCAAGUUGAUUUCCCUAAUGUCCUGAUAGUAUCUAAAUAUAGCAGGUUUAUUUACCUGAACCUAAGCUGGAAAAAAGCAAAACUCCUUUCUUUGGUCUUUGUUGGAGACUACAGAAAAAGCAACAUGAAAUGUAGUACAGGUGCUCUUCCUUUGUGUUUUGCAAACACUUCACAGAAAACCUAUGCAGGGCCGGCUCUAGGUAAACCCCCGGUGGCACGGUGCACUAGGGCGCCGGGCCGGUAGGCAGGGCGCCGCGCGGAAACCAUGCUGCGCCCUGCGAGGGCAGGGGCGCCGGAGCGAUCUCCGCCCCUCAGCACCAGGGCACGCGACCUGCUCGAGACUGCCCUGAACCUAUGCACCAGACUGUGCCACUUUGAACUGAAUGAAAGGGAAUAGUGAAUUCUGCAUUCACACAGAAGGGUCUGAAUAGUUAAUACUGAAACUUGCAGCCUUGGUUUUUUUCCCCUUUAAAAAGAACAACAGCCUUAGUUAGGACCAUGUGUUUUGUAGUUGUUCGUGUCUCUUGAACAACCAAAUAGGGGGUUAUCCUAUGUUAGCCAUGCUCUGUGUGACCCCAUUGAAAUAAAUUGAAUUAAGUUCAUUAACUGCAGUAGGCCUACUCUGCAUAUGACUUACAAUAUAUAUAGAUAUAUAUAUAGGUAUAUAGUAUUUAAAUUAUACUGUGUAUAAUGUACAAUUAGAUGUUCUUAAUGACAUUGAAUAAUAAUAAUAAUAAUAAUAAUAAUAAUAAUAAUAAUAAUCCCCCUAGUGGAGAAGUUUGUCAUUGCUACUAUUGUAGCUAACUUUUACUGAAUACAGUGGUACCUUGGUUUACAAACCGUUCUUAAACCAAAGCGUUCUUAAACCAAAGCGUUCUUAAACCAAGGCGUUCUUUCCCAUAGCAGCGGGGGACUCAAUUUACAAAUGGAACACACUCAACAGGAAGCGGAACAUGUUCUGCUUCCAAGGCAAAGUUCACAAACCAAAACACCUACUUCCAGGUUUGCAGCGUUCUUAAUCCAAGUUGUUCAUAAACUAAGCUGUUCUUAAACCAAGGUACCGCUGUACAGGCAGUGACCGAUUUGCACAGGGGUUAUGUACCGGACCCCCAUGCGCAUAGGCGGGGCCCACAUAAUGCUGUCUCACCUGCCCCCGUCCUAUCCCACCCCUUUUUGUGAUGUUUUAUGACAUUUUCAGGUCACUUCCAGGUUUGGCACAUGUGCACAAUUGCACACAUAUCGGACAUACAUAAAAUGGCCGCUGCCUGUAUCAUGCACUCCUGUAUAUGGCAGAAAAUUUAACUGUGAUGCAGGUUUGGCAUGUGUGUGUGUGCGUGCACACACACAAAUACAUACAUACAUAUCUAGAGGCAGCCUCAUAUCAAGCCCAAAGAAAGUCCAUAAGCUUAAAGCCUGCACACUUUCUUCCCUGGUACAGUGUCCACAUUCUCUGAGCAUGAUGGGGCUAAAAAUAUAAAGGUUGCUCAUGUAUUUAUUUAUUUUUUAAAAAGGACUAUUCACUUUAAAAUAAAAUAAUUCUGUAGGUGUUUUUUUUUUAAAAAAAAGAUGUCUCUCUCUUGCUCUGAUGAUGGGUUAUUCUUUGAUGUGACCAGGUUAUGACCCAGCUAAAGAAGAUUGGCAAGUUAAAUUAAUGGAAUAGGCUGAAAUGGCAAAAUUGACAAUGAAACUAAGAGGACGAGACUACAACAAAUUUAAGGAAGAAUGGAAGAUGUUUAUUGCAUAUAUAAAGAAGCAUUGUACACAGGUUAAUACAUUAGCAGGGUUUUAGGACUACAAUACCGUAUUUGUAAUUUUGAUAUGAAUGGGCACUAGGUAAUUUAAAUGGUUUUCAAAUUUAACAAUGGACAGGUGGUAUGUUGAUUAAUAAUUGAACCCAGGAAGGGACUAGGAGGAAGUCAAUCUGAUUUGUUUUGAUUUUGUA